UACAUAUUGGUGUUAAGAAAAAAAAUUAUAUUAUUCUAUGAUCGCUCUUUCAAUGCUCGAGUUACUAUCUGUCAUCGUUGUCACGUUUCUUUUCAAGUCGCAAGUACAUUGAGGUUACUGUUGAGUGUUUGUUAAAUCAAAAUGUCGGAAUCAACUGCUACCAUCCGUACGCGGAAAUUCAUGACCAACAGAUUGUUAUGUCGCAAACAAAUGGUCGUUGAUGUUCUCCACCCAGGACAGCCUUCGGUUAAAAAAACCGACAUCAGGGAGAAGUUAGCUAAAAUGUACAAAGUUACCCCAGAUGUAGUCUUCGUUUUCGGUUUCAAAACGAAUUUCGGAGGUGGUAAAUCAACUGGGUUCGCUCUAAUUUAUGAUACUUUGGAUUUCGCUAAAAAAUUUGAGCCAAAACAUAGGUUAGCAAGGCAUGGUUUGUAUGAAAAGAAAACACAAACCAGGAAACAACGUAAAGAAAGGAAGAACAGAAUGAAGAAAGUUAGGGGUACCAAAAAAACUAAAGUUGGUGCUGCAGCCAAGAAGGGAGGCAAAAAAUAAUUUUUCAACAUAUUAUUAAUUUUAUGGAGAACGUCGGAAAAACAUGAUUCUGUACAAUAUUUUAACAGCCAAGGACCUGAAGAUAUUGCACAUAUUGAUGUUUUGAUAAUUUAAUAAAAAAUAAAACU